AUGGAAACGAUGUGGUUGCGAUUCGUGUUCGUGAUUGCUCUUGUUGUUGGUGCGCUAGUUGCGGAGAGCCCGGAGGAAAUUAAGAAAAAAAGAGCGCUUUUGGUGAAAAAGCAUCUGAAGAGGCUGAAAAAGAUCGAUGGAGGGCUUAAAUUGGUGGGAGGAAGAGGAGAGUACGAAGGUAACGUGGAAAUUUUACACAAUGGAUCUUGGGGCGCCAUAUGUGAUGACGAAUGGGACCUCACUGAGGCAAAAAUUAUUUGUAAACAGCUUGGAUAUGUUGGAGAGAAGGUCCAGCCGACCGUGAAUUCAUAUUUUGGUCCUGCAAAACGUCGUUUCUGGAUGGAUAAUAUUUAUUGUGACGGCACCGAAGAUGAAAUUUCGGCAUGUAGAUUUGAUGGGUGGGGACGUAGCGAUUGUAAGUCUGACGAAGCCGCUGGCGUUAUUUGCUCAGAACCUGAGAUCACUUCAGCCAAACCAGAGAUACUCAAUAUAGAAGCAGAACAUAAAAUGUCCCGGCUUCCAUCGAACUUGAAGCUCCGACUGAUGCAUGGCAGAAUACCAACAGAAGGAAGGCUUGAAAUAAAAAACAAAAAAGGCAAAUGGGUAACGGUAUGUGGUGAUGGAUGGUCACUUUUGGAAGCCUUAAUCGUAUGCAAAACCUUGGGGCUGGGUUAUGCUAAUGAUGCGAUGCAAACAGAUUAUUUUGGUGGAAACGUGACCGGUGGAACUUUUGUUGGUGUCAAGUGCAUUGGAAACGAAACUAGUUUUCAUGAAUGCCAAUACAAUCAACAACUAACAGGCCAGUGCAAGAGUCGCGAUCUAGCCGCCGUCUCAUGCACUAAUUCGAUGGCCGACUUGAUUAUCGAUCACAUGGAACUGAUUCAGACCGCACACUUGGAGGAUAGACCGAUGUUCUUCUUGCAAUGCGCCAUGGAAGAGAACUGCGUCGCUUCAUCGGCUUACGAGAUACAAAAAGAGAAUCCCGGCUGGCACUUGGAGACUAGGAGGCUUCUCAAGUUCACUGCGAAGAUCUUUAACGCUGGUACCGCCGACUUCCGGCCCGCGAUACCGAAACAUUUGUGGGAAUGGCACAUGUGUCAUAUGCAUUACCACAGCAUGGAAGUGUUCGCCACAUUCGACAUCUUCAAUUCCAAGGGCAAGCGGGUCGCUGAAGGACACAAGGCUUCUUUCUGUCUCGAAGACAACCAAUGCCUACCCGGCGUCGAGCCCAGAUUCGCAUGCGCAAACUACGGUGACCAAGGCAUAUCAGUAAACUGCUCGGACAUCUACAAAUACACAGUUGAUUGUCAAUGGGUGGAUAUCACCGACCUUGAUCCCGGUCACUAUACGAUGAAAGUGGCCGUCAAUCCGGAAUACAAGGUUCCCGAGAUGACAUUCGAGAAUAACGCUGCUUAUUGUGAUUUCUUCUACGAGGAGACCUUCGGUAGUGUAAGAAACUGUGUAGUGCGAAGGCCGUAAGAAACAGUGAGCGCCCGCAAAAGUCAAACUUCGCAAUCUUCAGUUAUUUCCGUCUGGCAGUUAACUGUCAAGAUAACAAAUCUUUGCAAGACAGUUAAUGUGAUGCUAACUGUUAGAUAACAGUUGAUAUGAAUUUAUGAAUCUAACCCUCAAUCUGUGACUGAACAUCCGCGGUUAAUUUUCAAAUUGGGUCACUACGACCUGGCUUUUCAAUUUCAGGUUAUUUAUGACUUUACUUAAUAGGCUAGUUGACACUUUUUUUAGUAGGUCUUAAAUAGUUAAUCUUUGCUCUAUUAGACCAAAAAAUUGAUACUAUAUUUUUUUCAGACCUUGAAGAUCGUAAAACUCCAAAAAUAUAUUUUUCUUAGACAGCCGAAGACGCUGAUCGCCAUGUUUGGCCCAUAUUAAUGAGCUCUGACGUCAUACCAUUUGCAAACAGCAGCUCUCAAACUUUUAAACAUAUAAACAUCACUUCUACUAACUUACAUGAUUUUGUUGUUGUUGUUGAAGAUUUAUUUAGCAUUAAUGCUACAAUGUCAAUUUUGUAUAAUGAUUCGGUUACAUAUUUUUCUUCAAUCCAUUUUCUGUGAUUUUACAUUCUUGCCUAUUAAAAUUAAAAUUACGACACUAUGUAUUGUAUUAUUCGUAAAGUGAUUUUUUUAUUUCACCUUAAACAUUUUUAAAUUCGAACUUUCUUUAAUAUCAUUAUUCAAUUUAGUAAAUUCAAAUACUCCCUUUUGAAAUAUAGAUUUACUAGUUAUGCUCCUAUUACAAUUUUGCAGAUGAAAACCUAUACUGCCUCUAGUUUCGUAGUUAUGAUAAUGACUUUUUAAUUUAAAUGUGGUGGUAAUUUGAAUAUGAAAACUAG